AUGAGUGUAGUCAACUUACAGGAAGUGCACGACUUCCUCGUCGAAGUGGCGCACCAGGCCGGCGAAAUGAUCACCGCCGCCGUCCCCACGGCAGCCAGCUCAGGCACGAAGAAGAACUCCGCCGACCUAGUGACGGAAACCGACCGAGCAGUAGAGAAGAUGGUCUCGACCCGCCUGCAGGAACGAUAUCCCGACUUCCUCUUCAUGGGCGAGGAGACGUACAAAGAGGGCGACGCAUUGACCGACAAGCCCACCUUUGUCGUCGACCCCAUCGACGGCACGAACAACUUCUUCCACCGGCAUAAUUACGUUUGCGUCUCGCUGGGUCUGGCGAUUGAGAAGAAGCCCGCCGUUGGCGUUGUUUUCAAUCCUUAUACUAAUACGCUCUACACUGGGAUCAAAGGCAAGGGCUCCUAUCUUACGGAUGCAACGCACAAGCACGCCCGCCUCCCGCUCCGUGAACCAGAGGCUUUCCAAGACCUCACGCACUGCCUGGUAGCGGUGGAGUGGGGCAGCGAUAGAGACGGAAACGACUACGAAGUCAAGUGCAACACCUUCCGAGCACUGGCAGGUAGCAAGGAGUCCGGGGGCGCGAUGGUGCACGGGUUACGCAGUCUGGGCUCCGCGGAAUUGAAUCUAUGCGGAGUGGCGAGCGGGGCGCUCGACAUGUACUGGGAGAAUGGAUGUUGGGCGUGGGAUGUGUGUGCUGGUUGGGUGAUUUUGGAGGAGGCCGGGGGUCGCAUGGUGGGUUCGCACCCGGGGGAUUGGAAGCCGAAGCUGGAUCAGAGGCGGUAUUUUGCUGUGAGGGGCGGUGAAAGACAGGAGAGCAUUAUUGAGGAGUUUUGGGGGCAUGUUAAAGGGAGGGUGCAGGUUGGGUAUGAUGGUGUCACGGCGGCGUCAUGA